CCUGAAUGAAUGGAAUACUUUUUUUUGAUGGUUGAAAAUCGGAGGGACAGACUGUGAGACUAGGCGGGGAAUUACGUCGCCGACUUCAAGUUGCUUCACUUGCGCGAAUGCAAUGUAGAAGAAGUCAAUGGACGAAAAUUGCAACAGAGUAGUCUGUGCUUCUUUCACCUAUGGUAUAAUAGACGAUUAAAAUAAAUAGUAGUAUUAUCGUGAGCUGGUGAGAGGGAGGGGUGAACGCUACGGUGGUUGGACAGUUCAAGCCUAUUUAGGACGUGGAUGUCGAAAAUAAUGAUUUUCGUGCAGCAACAGGUUACUGCUGCAUAGUGGAGUAAACCAUAACAGCGUGUCCUUUUGUCAUAUUGCAGAAUUUACCUUUAGGCGGUGUUUAUUACUUGUGUGAGACCUAUUCUGCACCAGUCAGCCAUUAGCCUAUUCCAUUUUGGUGGAGACUGAGUCAGCCGUGUGACAGGUUAGUUUAUUCACGAAAGGUUGGAUUUAUUUCAAUGCAUUGAUUUUUAACAGGUUGACUGCAGUGCUCUCAAGCUAACUUAUUUACAGAGAAAGAAUACACGAGCACGCACGGCGUUCCAAAAAAAGAAGACAGUGGUUUUAGGCGAAAUGGAGAGUGAUAAAAUGGCACAUUAAUGUUAAAUGCAAACUUCAAGACCAGACCAUCGGAAUCUACCAUUCAUUGAGAACAGACAUGAAGACGACCAACCAUAGGUGAUCUUCUCCUCUGGGGUGUUGUUGGUGAGUUUUCAGGCGAAGAACCAAAAACAGGACUUAAAUGGUUCCAAACAAGUGGACCAUGAAUUCAGUUCUACAGCACAAGUCACCGCCAAGGAGUUGGCUUCGUCUCCGACUACGACUCCAUGAGAAGCCCGUUCAGGAGGAGGACUGGGUGGUGUGCCAGCACGCUGAAUGCCCCGACCGUCGACGAGCCUCGAAGGUGUGCCACCACUUGGACUGCCAGGACCUGAACAACAAGAGCCCACUUAAUUUGUGUGAGUCAUGUGACUCCCGCUGCCACCUGGAAGACACAGACAACAUGCACUUUGACCGACACCCCCGCUUUGACCUGCAACCCCAAGGUUCCAUCCUGGCCCGGAAUGUGUCGACGCGCUCCUGCCCCCCCCCCACCAGCCCCCCCUCUGAUCUGGAGGAGGAGGAUGAAGGGGCCAACAACCAAGGGGAGCGUAAAACUGGUGGUCUGAAGUUGGUGAAGAAGAAACCACGGCGACGGCACACAGAUGACCCCAGAAAGGAGUGCUUCAGCCUCAAGUUUGAUCUGAACGUGGACAUUGACACAGAGAUCGUCCCCGCUGUGAAAAAGAAGACCCUGAGGGAGGUGCUGGGCCCUGUGUUUGAACGAAAAGGUAUUGAGUUAUCCCGGGUAGAUCUGUUCCUAGACCAGUCCAACACUCCGCUGUCCCUCAACUUUGAGGCCUACCGCUUCGGGGGCCACUAUCUCAAGGUCAAAGCACGGCCAGGUGAUGAGCUGAAGGUGGAGCAGGGAGUGAAGGACCUGCGCUCGCUCAGUCUGCCCAACAUGAAACCCUCCUCUGGGGUUCAGAGCCCCUACAUCCUCACUGCAGGCAGCGAGAGGGUGGAGCACGGCUCUCUGGGACGCAUGAAGAGCAACGUUGACCUACUGGUCAGCGCAGCCUCUACUACAGGUCAGGCGCGUCGCAGGAAAAACAUGACAGAGUUCCUUGGGGACGCCAGCAUCCCGUCUCCGGACUCCUUGGCCGGGCUGAGCGGCUCUCUGCCAGGCGUAGGACCUGGACCGGACAGCUGGAAGAACCGUGCAGCCAGCCGCUUCUCUGGCUUCUUCAGCUCCAACGCUGUAGCAGGGGCUUUCGGAAAGGAGAUGGACCGCAUGGAGCAGCUCCAGAAUAAGCUGCAGUCGUACACUCUUUUUGGCCUUCCCAAGGUUCCUCCUCAGCUGUCCUUCCACCAGGACUCCUGGGAAGAGGAAGAAGAGGAGACAAGCUUUGCACUGGAGGACAGCUGGACGCAGCUACUGGACCAUCCUGAGACUUUGACCAGACGCCAGUUCCAUCAGCAGGAGGCUAUCUGGGAGCUUCUGCACACUGAGGCCACCUACAUCAAGAAACUACGAGUCAUCACUGAUUUGUUCCUGUGUGGGCUUUUGAACCUACAGGAGAGUGGUCUGCUGACAGAGGUGGAGCCAAUGCGUCUCUUCAGUAACAUCCAGGACAUCGUGCGUCUACACACUGCCCUUUGGAGCCAGGUGAUGCUGCCCGCCCUGGAAAUUGCUCGGCAGGCCAGGACCCUUCUCAACCCUGUUGACCUCCACCAUGGCUUCAGGACCUUUGGCUCCCGUUUCAAGCCCUACAUCCGUUACUGCAUGGAGGAAGAGGCCAGCCUGGAGUACAUGAGAUCACUACACAGGGACAACGAGCUCUUCAGGAUCUACGUCACGUGGGCUGAGACUCAUAAGCAGUGUAAUCGUCUUAAGCUGGCUGACAUGCUGGCCAAGCCCCACCAGAGACUCACCAAGUACCCCCUACUGCUGAAGGCUGUCCUCAAGAAGACUGACGACUCAUCAUCCCGCGACGCCGUCAGCAGCAUGGUGGCGUGUGUGGAGGGCUUUAUCAACAGUGUGGACUCUCAGAUGCGUCAGCGGGAGGAGCGGCAAAAGCUAGCCACCAUCUCUGGACGCAUUGACUCCUACGAAGCAGUGGAGGGGAGCAGCGAAGAGGUGGAGAAGAUACUGCGUGAGUUUAACUGCUUUGACCUGAUGGCUCCUAUGAGAGGCACAUCACCAGAGGAGACCAGACAACUCCAUCUAGAGGGGGCACUGCGCAUGAAGGAGGGAAAAGACAGCAGGAUGGACGUCUACUGCUUCCUCUUCACGGACCUGCUGAUCAUCACCAAGCCAGUGAAGAAGGUUGAGAAGGUCAAGGUGAUCAGACAGCCACUCCUCAUCCACAAUGUUGUCUGCAAGGAACUCAAGGACCCUGGGUCCUUAAUUAUCAUCUACCUCAAUGAGUUCAAGAGUGCCGUGGCAGCCUACACAUUCCAGGCCAACAGCGCCACCCAGGGGCGAAGCUGGGUAGAUGCCAUCUGCAAUGUCCAGAACCAGCUCGAGAGACUGCGGACUGAAGAGGUUCUCAGGCAGCAGACCACCUUACAGCACCGGCUACAUGGAGAGGAAGAAGAGGAGGAGGUAGACGAGAGUAGCAACUCCACCGCCAGCUCUCCCGGCACAAGGCACAAAGACGAGCAGGGACCAAGUCAUUCGGACGGCUCCACAGAGACCCUGUCAGUCAUGGACAUAGGAGAAGACUUAGGAGGGCACCCAGACCCCUCCGCCCCACACACAGACCCAGGCGGACCCUUAGAGAAAAGCCCAGACUCAAGCAUAGUUACCCCACCUACUGGCCCUGAGCCCCUGCACUGCCACCCUGCUAGCCCCCUGGACCCAGACCGGGACCCUGAGCAAGAGCAGGAGGGGGGUCUGGAGGGAGGGGAGGGUCAGCUGGAACCUCAGUGUCGCUCUCUGUCCAUGGAUAGUGCCUACGGUACCCUCUCCCCAGAGUCCCUCUUGAGAGAGCUGGACCUGCAGACACGGCCAGGCCAGAGUGAUGGCGAGGAGACCGAAGAGGAGGGAGAGGUGGAGAGCCACGAUGUGGGUGUGAAGUUGGACAAGAAGGUGGAAAUGGAACUGGUAGAGGAAGGAGGAGAGGAAGAGGAUUCAACCUCUGUUUGUUCCCAGCUGUUAGUGGUUCAGUCUCUGAAGCCUCGGCGACGCCCCCCGGUGACUCCCCGCCUCCACUGCUUCCAGAGCCGAAACAUCAAGUCCCGUUCAGAGGACAACCUCCUACAGCUUUUCCACGACAGCGUCUCUGUCUCCUGGAUACACACCCGCAGCCCUACAGUCCAGGAACAAUCAGAACACAGGAGAGAACAGGCGGAUUGCCUGGCCCAUAGUAAGAGCCUAUCAGAACUUGGCCGAGCCCGUGACCUCACUGGGCUGUUUCAGAUUGACCUCGACUCAGAACUGACUGAUGAUGACUUCCUCACCCUGAGCAUGCCCUCUAGUAAGCUAUGUGACACCCUGAGGAGGGCAGAAGCCCGCAAGAGGGCUCUGGGUGCAGCUGAGGCCUGCGAAGGCAGCAGGAGCCUGGCCAACAGUAGCGGCUCAGCGGUGGCGCUAUCUGGAGGACAGGAAGGGAAGUGCAGUAAGUCGUUGACAGCCGGUGGCCCAGAGGAGCAGUCAUUUGCCAAAAGCAGAAAGUCCCCGGCCCAGCAGCACAAGAAGCUGACCCUUGCCCAGCUCUAUAGGAUACGCACCACCCUAGUGCUCAACUCUACGCUCACCGCAUCGGAGGUGUAACCACUGGCAGACAACCAACCAACUAGUGACACCUGAGAAUGAAGAGGAACCACACUUGGUGGUGUCUGCAUGGAGGGGACUGAAUUCCUUGACACAAAUGCACUCUCUCAGAUGCCUUUUCCCUUUACAUUGCCUGUUGGACAGUGUCUGCUGCACAGUUUUGCUAUCUGACAAUAAGAAUAUUAUUUGCUGUUGCAUUUGGUUUCAGUUUAUUGCGAGGGGAAAGGCAGAGAGACAUUUAAAUGCUUGCACUUUGAAAUGGACGGACAUAGCGUUGAGGGGAGCCGAGGCUGGGACCUUUGGGUGGACUGGACAGUUACUGGUGUGGGGUAACACUCUACCGGCCACCCAAUUUAAAGGAGACUGUAAGAGGGGUCGUCCAGGCAUAGAUCUACCUGCUUCACUCUGCUAUGGACCGGACUGGAUCAGAGAAGAUGUAAGAAAGGCUUGGAUGGCCCAAAAACUCUUAACUCUUAAGUUAUGAAUAAAAAGUGAACAGUUCCCGAAAUAUACCUGCUCUGUAGAAUGUGGUUGAAAAUACCAGCUCUGUAGAAUGUGGUUGAAAAGUCCGGCUCUCUAGAAUGUGGUUGAAAAUUCCGGCUCUCUAGAAUGUGGUUAAAAAUAACUUUUCUCGUGAAUGUGGUUGAAAAUAACGUCUCUCUAGAAUGUGGUUAAAAAUACCGGCUCUCUAAAAUGUGGUGGUUGAAUUGCAGCAUUUAGGAUGUCAUGGUAUUUGUACUCCUCCUGGUUCACUUUUGACAAAACAAUACAUGUUGCACAAUGGUAUCUUUGUGUUAAAUAGAAGAAUCACAAAGGGAAUUACUUUACAUUCACAGUGCACACUUUGAAUUUGCUAUGUGUGUGUGUGUGUGUGGGGGGGGGGGGGGGUGUUAUGUCUGUGUUUGAAUUAAACAUUGUCCUAAACUGAACCAAAAAUACUUCCUUCAUGAUUUCCAUCCUCUGUGAGUAAUGCCAACAUACCCAAAGAUGUAAAGACCUGACAAGCCAGUAGAUUUCAAACUAAAGGUUAACUUACAAGUGUUCAAACAACCAUAACAAACAGAACAUAAUAUAUUACUGUAUGUUAUCAACUGCUGUGUGUUUUCAAAUGUACACAGGCAACUAUUACAUUUUCAAAGUGGCUGCGUUUAAGACAUGGAGUAUUCUCUGGGCUUUGUAUUUUCUACUGGGCUGCUGCAGCCAUUUUUUUUCAAUGAAUAGUGGUUGUAUGAUUUAACUAUGAGAUGAUGAUGAUCUGGUUUUCCAUUCUCAGAUGAACCCUUGGUUAUUGGGUGGAAUGGAGUUGUUUUGAGGAAACAUUACUGCACCAAUGUAGAACGAUGUGAGCAUGCACUCACAACCUGCAGCCUACAUUAGAACAAACAGCAGCAGGUAGAAUGUGGUGAUUGUAAAAAAGCAGUCUACACUAAAAAGUAUUCCAUGUCAUGAUGAGCUUGGAGCACUUUUUGAGACAUUGUAUAUUUUGUGUUUAUUUAAUGUACAGUAACUUAGAAACUGAAAACAAUGGUUUGGGGUUGCAUAUUAUUCAUGAAUGAGUUUUCUUUGAAUGGUUUUCUGUCCACACUAAUAGGAGAAGUGAUUUGGCGGGAGCAUUGACCACCAUAGUAGACUAACAUGGUCUAACUGACAUGCAGCUUGUUCUUAUUGAUGAUUUAAUGAGUUGUCGAAAAACCCUCCUUGUCAAGUGUUUCCCAAACUAAAUAGUUUAACAUUUGUUUACUUCUUGUUUUUGUUUAUUUGUAAUAAUUUAUUACGCUUGCUAUGUUUUUAUAUAUAUAUAUAUAUAUAAAUUCUUUGAUUUUAUGACUUGUACAUUUUGUCUUAAUAUUUUGUUUCUUGUUUUUCAUAUCAUGAUGAAUGAUGAAUCUACUAUGAACCAAAACCAUUUGUUUUCCCUUUCAGGAAUGUCUCUAAAGUGUCUUACCAAAUAAAAAAUGAUCAUCAAA